AUGGCGGUUGGCAAGAAUAAGCGCGUUAGCAAGGGAAAGAAGGGAGGAAAGAAGAAGGUCAUUGACCCUUUCUCCCGUAAGGAAUGGUACAAUUUGAAGGCCCCUGUCAUGUUCAACGUCCGCAACUUUGGACAGACAUUGGUCACUAAAACUAUCGGAACAAAGCUUGCCACUGAUGGUUUGAAGGGUCGUAUAUUCGAGGUCAGCUUGGCUGAUUUGAACGCUGAUGAGGAUCAGGCCUAUCGUAAAAUCAAAUUGUGCUGUGAGGACGUUCAGGGUAGGAACUGCUUGACCGAUUUCCAUGGUUCAAGCGUUACUCGCGACAAGUUGUGCUCCUUGAUUAGGAAGAACUACUCCCUUAUUGAGGCCUUUGCCGAUGUCAGGACCUUGGAUGGCUACCAUUUGCGUAUGUUCUGCAUUGGCUAUACCAAGAGAAGACCAGGACAACUCAAGUCCACUUGCUAUGUCAGAACUAGCAAGAUCCGUCUCAUCCACAAGAAGAUGGUCUCUGUUAUGACCAAUGAGGCUUCUAGCAGCACACUUAGGGAGCUUGUAAAGAAAAUCAUCCCAGAAUCCAUUGGAAAGGAGAUUGAGAAGGCCUGCAAAUCUAUUUUUCCUCUCCAGAAUGUAUUGAUUAGGAAGAUCAAGGUUCUUAAGAAACCCAAAUUUGACUUGACCAAGUUGAUGGAGGUCCACAGUGACCUUUCUGGCGACAGCGGCCAUGGCAUGCUUAUCAAGGAGUCCGAGAGCGCCACAAACCUUCUAACUGCUGAGAUUUCCUCAAGCUAA